GCAGAAAUAUUAAUUGCAGAUAACUAGAAAAUUUCACUUCAAUUGCACAGACCGUCGUAAAUAUAUUCAAUUAGUUUAAUUCCGAGUUAGCCAUUAUAUACACAGUGCUCUUCAAUAAAACGCUGCAGUUGCGGGCCAAGACAAGUAGGCUGUGAGAUCGAUCUUUCAAUGCUCGUCGUUGCCUGUAGGCAAAUCCCAUAAAUAAAUUCAGUUCUUUAUUGGCGUUUGAGUGUGAAUAUUUGAGAAUUGAAAAAAAAAAAGUAAAAUAAAAAUUGUUUGAACUUUUUGAGCCUUUUGAAUUUUUACCGUUUCUUGAAUCAUGGGCAACGAAGCCAGCACUGGGUGCAGGGAUAAGGAGACUCAAACCGAGUCGAAGUAUCUGAUGCUAACCGAGCCCGUGCCCAAGAAAAGAUUCGAUAAGCAGACCCAAACCGACUUGGCCGAUGACGAUGUCGCUGGGCCAUCACGCGCCAAGCGUCCAAGACUCAUGGAGCGCGACAUUCCCCAUUGCCCCGUCUGUCUUGAGGCCAUAAACAAUCGCUGCCCGAUGGCCCCACCCUGUGGGCACAUCAUGUGCAAGGCUUGCCUCACGCGCAUCAAUACCGUUUAUGCGGCGGCCGACUGUCCCAUUUGCAAGCAACCCAUGGGCAAAGCCUUUCUGCGCAUCCAUUUAAACUAAAUGUUUGACAGCUGAAGCAAAGCUACAAAAAAAAAAAAAAAAAAAAAAAAAAGGGGGAAAAAAAACAAAACAAAAACAAACAAAUGACAAAUGAAGACAGAACAAUUUGAUGCUUAGUGAUAUUAAAAUUAAUAUUUUACGUUUAUAUAAAUGUAGCCGUUGAGAGAAAUUAAAUUAAACCAAAAUAAAACUGCACAA